UCCAGGACGCCGAGCAUGAACGUCACCUCCGCCCUUGUGCUGAUUCUCCUGUUGGGGUCGACGGCUGGGGAGUCCCAGGUCGGUGUAGACGCCCAAGGAGACAAAGGACCAAGAAGAGGAGGAAAUCUCAUCGGCCAGCGUCGCCCAGGGACCUUCAACCAUGGCCUUGCCUCCGUCAACCACCCAGACGACACCAACGAUGAUAAGGGCAGCUCUUCUGGACCUUCUCCCCACCUCUUUAGUGGCUUAGGGACCUCCCCUCUCCCAUUUGAGUUUUCUCCACAACCUGUCUUCGUUAAAACCAACGACUUUCCUGCUUUGGUCGGGUUUGCACCUCAAGGCGGCUUUAUUAAUCCAAGCACUUUUGGUAGCCAAGGCGGCUUUGUAAACCCAAACACAUUUGGUAACCAAGGUGUUUUUGUUAACCCAAACAAUUUUGGAGGUCACGCUGGCUUUUUUAACCCAAAUUCUUUUGGUAGUCAAAGUGGCUUUGUAAACCCAAAUUCUUUUGGUAGUCAAGGUGUUUUUGUUAACCCAAACACUUUUGGUAUCCAAGGUAGCGUUCUAAACCCAAAUUCUUUUGGUAACCGAGGUGGCUUCGUUAACCCAAACACUUUUGGUAGUCAAGGUGGCUUCGUUAACCCAAACACUUUUGGUAGCCAAGGUAACUUUGUUAGUCCAUUUGGUUUCAACGGCGCAAACGGCUUCAAUAGCCUCGGAUUCAACACAGAUAGACAUACCGCAGUUCCUUUCAAUAGUAAUAACAAUGGAUUCACUAACGGAGGCGACUCCUUCGCUCCUAGCAGCUUCAACUCUCAUGGCUCCACAGGUACUUUAAGUGGAGGAUUUCCUGUGGCAUCUAUUCACAGGGGGAUUCCUGUCAGUACCUUCGAAAGCAUAGGUGGUGUUCCUGCGAACAGAGUCCAUACAGGAGGUGUUCCUGCUGGAUUCAGUAGCGCGGGCGUCGCUGUGGGUGGUUUCCCCGUAGGUGUGUCUCACAACAGCGGUAAUCCUGUCAGCGUGUCACAUUCUACAGUCUCUCCUCCUACUUUUAGUUCCCACAACAGACGUACUCAGGGUAGUUUCUCGGACAACAGAGGUACUCCUAUUGGGUUCUCCCAUAGUAGUGGUGCCCCGGGCGGUGUAACCAUCAGCAGCGGUACUCCUGUAAGAGGAGUUUCAUUCGGGAGCAGCCCUCGUCCAAUAAGACUUGCCCAAAGAGGAAAGUCCCAAGGCGGACCCAAACACGACACUACCACGGAAGAGUAAACCCGAAACAUUAAAACUCUGGAAACCGAAUCGAGAAUUUGAUAAAACGAAAGACUUUACAAACACCUGUAUGAUUUGCGGCUCUGUACAAGUAAACUUUACCUAUGUAUAUGUAUGAGUAAAGAAAAUAAUUGUC